AUGAGUCCCCCCAUUCCAGUUUCCAGCCCCCCAUCCACCUCCCAGCCCCCAAUUCCUGCAGCCCGCCCCGACCCUUCAAGCCCCUGCUGUUCCUGCCCCCCGCCCUGUGCGACAUGGCCGGCACCAGCAUCAUGUACGUGGCGCUGACCAUGACCAGCGCCUCCAGCUUCCAGAUGCUGCGGGGCUCGCUGGUCGUCUUCACGGGGCUGCUGUCGGUGGCGUUCCUGGGCCGGCGGCUGGGCUGGAGCCACUGGCUGGCCUUUUCCCUGUUGUCCCUGUCAUUUUCCCUCUUACUUUCCCUGCCUUUUCCCUGCUUUCCCUGUUGUAUUCCCCGUUAUUUUCCCUGCCUUUUCCCUGUUUUCCCAGGUGACCUCCUGAUCCUGCUGGCCCAGGGCAUCGUGUCCAUCCAGAUGGUGCUGGAGGAGAAGUUCAUCUUCAGCCACGACGUCCACCCGCUGCGCGCCGUGGGCACCGAAGGUUUGUUCGGCUUCGCCAUCCUGGCGCUGCUGCUGGUGCCUCUGUACUUCACGCCGGCGGGGCGGCUCUCCGGCAAUCCCCGCGGCGCGCUGGAGGACCCGGCGGACGCCUUCUGCCAGGUGGGCAGCAUCUCCUUCUUCAACUUCGCGGGGCUGAGCGUGACGCGGGAGCUGAGCGCCACGACGCGCACGGUGCUGGACAGCCUGCGCACGCUGCUGGUCUGGGCGCUCAGCCUGGCGCUGCGCUGGGAGCGCUUCCACGCGCUGCAGCUGCCGGGCUUCGGAAUGUCAGAAUUAAUUGGGAUCUGCAUCCUGAAGAUUGGGACUGGGAAUUCUCCCCACAGGGAAUGGCACUGA